AUGGAUAUUGCAGAUCAUAUUGGAAAUCGAACGAAAGAAGAAGUCGAAAAGCACUUCGUUGACGUGUACAUCAAAGGAAAAAAUGGCCUGCCAUCUGGCGACAGGCGUGCAGAAAAAGCGGUAGCUGAUUGGCGCGAGAGUCAUCCACCUGAUCCAUCCUUUCAUGGAGAAGAGCGCCUGCCUAUUGUGGGGCCGGAUGCAAACUUUACGACGGAUGUCACGAUGGAUGAAUUCCAGCGCGCUCGUCGCGAGCGUAUUGAGAAGCUGCGCGCCUCUCAGCUUCCCAUUGUGCCACCCAAGGGAGGCAAGCCUCUUGUUUCGGCGCCUACAACUCACAGUGAGUUAUCGGGCUUCAUGCCAGGGCGGUUGGAGUUCGAACAGGAGUUUGAGCAGGAUGCUGAGCAUGCUGUUAAAGACAUGGAGUUCGGCCUUGUAUACUCAUUUGGUGGUGAUACAUUACCCACAGAGUCUGAGGCACUUAAUGGUAAAACUGCGACACAGGGGAAGCCCCGUAUGGAAUCGAGUGGGCGUGGUGGGCCAGUUCAUGUGUCGACCAAAGUACAAGACGAGCCGGAGGAAGAGACGUUUGCUGAUGCACUGGACAGCCAGGCAGAACCUAUGAGCAUAGAUGGAAAGAACGAAGAACCGUUGCCAGCCGCAAACCAGAGCCAGAGUCAGAGCCAGAUGCAGCAUGUGCGCGACAGCAGUCACACGGCAGCAGAGCCUGUCAAGCUAGAGGACGAGACUCGAGCAGACACGAAAGCCGCUGCGCCGGCGCCUCAGGCAGAGCCAGCAUCAAAAUCUGAUGAAAUGCAUGAAGAUGCCUCGCCCGACUGGGAAGAAGAUCCUAUGGACCUGGAGCUGAAGCUUGCUAUACUCGACAUCUACAGUGAACAGCUAAAUCGACGAUCACGCAAAAAACAGUUCUUAUUUGAGCGCAAUCUGGUCGAUUACCGGCGGAACACCGCCGCGGAGCGGAGACGUCCGAAAGAAGAGCGUGAUUUGCUCGCACGGAUCAAGCACUUUGCAACGCUCCAGACUGCCACCGACUUUGAAGAGCUGUACCAAGAUCUCUGUUACGAAGAGGCACUCAAGAAAACUGUGCGUCAGCUGCAGCAUUACAGAAGUUUGGGCAUUACCACGCUGGCUGAAGCAGCGCGCUACGACCGCGAACAUGCAGAAAGAACGAAGCGGCAGUUGGAAGCGGCUGAAGGAACAUUGCCCUCUCAGGCUGGUCGCGCGCGACAUCGAGAACGGAGUCAGUCUGUGUUGGACAAGAAAGACACAGACGAGUUCUCGUUCGCAACAGCACCGUCGAUCCAAUUGCUCACGCGAGAAGAGCAGCAGUUGUGUUCUUUGUUACACAUUUUGCCGCAGCCAUUUUUGAUUUUAAAGACGGUGCUUUUGACAUACUGCUUCGCACAUCAUCGGGACUUGACCAUUCGUCAUUGUGAAAGACUCUGUUCUAUUGAUCCACGCAAACUCGCUUAUAUCUACGACUUUUUCCGCGAGAAAGGAUAUUUUCAUGCUGUGGCACAGGCGAGAACAUGGGAAGAGUCGCAGGCGCCAAAUGCAUCAAUGACAACCCCAUCACACGCUGUACACGAAGCUGUAAAGCCUUAG